AGCUCAUCUGCUCUAAAUAGAGGUCCUUUAAGUCCGGCGCAUGUUUUGUAACCCUUCCUCGCAAAGCUGGCUGACAACUGCCAAAACACCGGUGUGUCACUGAAAUGUGGGUGUCAUGACAUGGGUUUGAGGCCUCCCUGCAACCAUACCUCGAUUGCAUUGAAACCCGGGGAUGUCUCGUCCUGCUCCGUCCCCCAUCUACACCCUGAGGGGGGCUGGUGGGCCCCUCAACACCCUCCACUUCAGCUGCCAUGGAAGGGACACUCCCCUCCUAUUUUCUGGGUCAGGGAAGGGUGCCAUCCAUAUGUGGAACCUGAACACCAGGCGGGCUCAGAAGAUUGUAGAAGGUCAUUCUGGUAGCUCGGUUAUCUGGGUCAGCACACUGCAGGCGACGGACACCCUCAUCAGUCAGGGACGGGACAUGCAGGUCUGCCUGUGGGAUCUGAGCGAAGGGCGGAGUGCGGUGAUGGACUCUGUGUGGACCGGCAGCGUUGGAUUCUGCCAGCCCUCCAUGCUGGAGACGAGCCCCGGGACGCGUCUGCUGGCCUUCGCUGGACAACAGACAGAAGAGAUCAAGAUUAUUGAGCUACCCAGUAAGAGCCCAGUCUGCACCCUGGUACCAGACGCUAAGCUGGGGAUGGUCAUGUGUAUCAAACUGUGGCAGCCAGACUCGGGUCCCGGACCUCUCCUGCUGGCUGGAUACGAGGACGGUUCCCUGUUGCUGUGGGACGUAACCCAGAGGUCCAAGCUGAGCCAAGCCAAAGCUCACCCUGAGCCCGUCAUGUGCCUGACCUUUGACACCAACUGUCUGAGGGGCAUAUCUGGCUCCUCUGAGAAGAAACUCUCCCCCUGGAUGCUGGACAGACAGAACAACCUGCAGCUCCAGGAGUGUGUGACGCUGGUCAACCCUGGAGUUUCCCAGCUGUGUAUCAGGGGGGACGGUAAGCUUCUGGCAUCAGCGGGCUGGGACCAUCGAGUGCGGGUAUUCGGCUGGAAGAAGCUGCGCCCACUGGCAGUGCUUCAGUACCACACCGACAUGGUGCUAAGUGUGGCCUUCUCUGACCACCAGGACCCCAGGCAAAGACUGCUGGCUGCUGGAUCCAAGGACCAGCGGAUCAGCCUGUGGUCAAUAUACAACGAGGGAGCGGACACUAGCUGAGCCUCUGAACCUGGGAGGAUAUUUGGACUUUUAAGCAGUACUUUCUGUUGAUGUUGGUUUGACCCCAAAUGGUGUCAGCAGCCAAUAAUUCAGCAAUAGUCCAGUGUAAUGGUUUGAUAACUGGAUAAACGGACUGCGUAUAUUA